GCUUCUAAAAAGAUGCUGGAUGGAAAAACAAGAAGUUUACCUACCCGUUCUCAAAUUGUCAAACCCCCCUUCUCCAACAAAACCUACAGCAUCUACCUGACGCCGACGACCACCUACGCAACGCCGGCGACAAAUCUGUGGGAUUUUGGAUGAGGUUUGUUGACAGCGCCUCCUUCUGCCAUUGAAACAAACAAGAGCUGACUAUGGAAUUGGGAAAUUCUUAUAAAUCUGCAGAGCAACAAACAAGAAUUGUAUGUCUAUCCUUGUUCUAAUUGGUGGUGAAAGAAGGUGUUGAAGAAGAUUGGCAGGCAAGGGCAACAACAAGUAUGUUCUCACAUAAUAAAACUGUUAAUUGUUGACAGAUUGUUCUUUGCAAUUUCUAAAAUGCUCUGAUUGGGACGAAAUGUUGUCACCUCUCCACAAGCUUCACAUCAGGAAUCCUACCUCUCUUGUAUGUUCUGUGAAAUUGUCAUUCUACAACCUCACCACCAUCACUCCUCCUGCCGCAGAUGAUGAUGCCUCCAGCCUUUCUUUCCUCAUCCUAAAGUUAGACCCACAAGCUCUAACCCAUAAUUUAGAAUUCAACUCAGUCUACUGGACGCCCGACCUAGUGAACAAGAUCUUAAAACACCUAUGGAACCAUGGCCCCAAAGCCAUCCAAUUCUUUAACCUUCUUGAACGCCACCCCACGUACACCCACUCCGCCGCCUCAUUUGACCAUGCCAUUGACAUUGCUGCCCGAUUGCGCAACUACAAGACCGUAUGGGCACUUGUUGCCCGAAUGCGGAAACGAAGGGUCGGUCCAAACCCUAAAACAUUCGCCAUUAUAACCGAACGGUAUGUAUCUGCUGGAAAACCCGACAAAGCCGUUAGAGUUUUCUUGUCGAUGCAGGAGUAUGGCUGUCAACAAGAUUUGAACAGCUUUAACACGUUUCUUGAUGUUUUAUGCAAGUCUAGACGAGUUGAAAUGGCGUAUAACUUGUUUAAGGUUUUAAAGAGAAGAUUUAGAGCUGAUACGAUUAGUUAUAACAUAAUUGCAAAUGGUUUUUGUUUGUUAAAGCGAACACCUAGGGCUUUGGAGGUGUUGAGGGAGAUGGUGGAGAGUGGUUUAGAGCCAACUCUCAAGACGUAUAAUGUGAUUCUUAAUGGGUAUUUCAAGGCGGGUCAGGUUAAAGAAGGUUGGCAGUUUUUCUUGGAGAUGAAAAGGCGAAGAAGAUGUGAGAUGGAUGUUGUUACCUACACAACUGUGGUUCAUGGGUUUGGGGUUGCAGGUGAGAUUCAAAAGGCGCGCCAAGUGUUUGAUGAAAUGAUUGGGUUAGGGAUACUUCCUUCUGUUGCCACUUACAAUGCAUAUAUUCAAGUUCUAUGCAAAAAAGACAAUGUGGAGAAUGCUAUUUUGGUGUUUGAGGAGAUGUUGAAGAAGGGUUAUACUCCUAAUGCAACAACGUACAAUGUAGUGAUCAGAGGGUUGUGUCAUGUUGGAAAGAUGGAUAGGGCAAUGGAGUAUUUGGAUAAGAUGAAAGAUGAUGAAUGUGAUCCGAAUGUUCAAACUUACAAUGUGAUCAUUAGGUAUUAUUGCGAUGAAGGUGAAAUCGACAAGAGUUUGAAGGUUUUUGACAGAAUGGGUAAUGGUGAAUGUUUGCCCAAUUUGGAUACAUACAAUGUUUUAAUAAGUGCAAUGUUUGGGAGGAAGAGAUCUGGCGAUCUAAUGGUGGCAGGGAAACUGCUGAUAGAAAUGGUGGAUAGAGGGUUUAUCCCUCGUAAGUUCACCUUCAAUCGAAUCUUGAAUGGCCUUCUGCUUACUGGAAAUCAGGAUUUUGCCAAAGAGAUACUUACAGCACAGGGCAGAUGUGGUCGUCUCCCUCCUCAUCUCAGAUUAUGAUACAAGUUUAUUUUGCCAAAGUUUCUGGAACAUGUGUCUUGUUGUGAUGUCGGUUGAAAAAUGUUGUUGGAUAUUGGAUAUUGGAUAUUGGAUAGGCAUUCUAUAUGAGAGCUUUUGCCGGCUUAAGGGGCUUCAUAUUACUUCAUCGGUCUCAUAUUAUAAGCAGUGUUGGAAAUAUUUCAGGCAGUGACUACUGCUAGCGGGUGCUUUGCGGCUUCUUGCUGCGUCUCGGUCAAGGAAAUCAGAUAUGAUCAGUACAGAUGGAUAUAAUAUAUGAACCAAAGGGGUUGCAGCUCGUUAAAUGCGUUUGUUAAGGAGAUUAGGAGAAUGUUGAGAUACUAAUGGCUAAGCAUGUGUCCUAUUUGUUAAUUGAAACUUUGGUAAUUAGGAAGGAAAGUGGGAUAAUGCUCAAUCGUGAUCCAUGGGUUGUAUUUCGGUCGUCUCAAAUCAGACAACGAGUCGAUUUGGUUAUACUCAACUUAAAUGGGUCAAUUUAGGCAGGGCCGUCCUUGAGAACUGGGGUCCGUUUCCCGUGCCCUAUGCGAGUAGAGAAAGUGGGCCCUUGUUAUUAACUUAUAUAUAAUAUAUGAACCAAAGGGGUUGCAGCUCGUUAAAUGCGUUUGUUAUUCCCAGGUGGUGAGGGUUUAACUUUCAAAGUGUGCAAAAUGAACUAUCUAGGAGUAGCAUAGCUAUUCCUGAGUUGGAUGAGAACAAGUAUGUCAAUGAGACUAUUCGGGUGGAAUAUGAAUGGAAACCACCGAGAUGUGCCCACUGCUGUGUAUUUGGGCAUGAUUCUGAGGAGUGUCCAAAAUGCAUUCGAUUGACAGUGAAACCUCCUACAAACAGUCCGAAAGUAGAUGAGGAUGGUUAUACGUAAGUCAAGACAAA